AUGGAGUCUUUGGCUGACACCCUCUGGGACGUCGUCAUCUGCGGCACGGGUUUGCAGCAGUCGCUGCUCGCUUUAGCCCUCUCGAGAUCCGACAAGAAGGUCCUUCACAUCGACCCAAAUGACUUCUAUGGUGGUGCUGAAGCAGCUUUCAGCCUGCAAGAAGUAGAAUCAUGGGUUGAAAAGGUCGAAACCGGCAAGGAAGGCCUCUUUGAGGCUGCCUCCGUGAAGAAGCUCGGGGGUGACACCGGCUUGUCUUUUCCCCGCGCAUACUCCCUGGCACUCGCACCCCAGCUCAUCCACGCCCGCUCGACGCUGCUCUCCCAGCUUGUCUCUUCCCGCGCCUACCGGCAGGUCGAGUUCCUUGCCGUGGGAUCCUUCUCUAUUUUCAAGCCCUCCCCAGAUUCCUCGCAAAAACCCACCCUGGUCCGCAUCCCUUCUACCCGCGAAGAUGUCUUUUCUACCACCGCCAUCUCAGCAAAGGCAAAGCGCGGUCUGAUGAAGUUCCUCAAAUUCGUUUUGGAUUACGACAUCACCCCCCAGACAGACACAUGGCAACCCCACGCGGAUGCACCACUGACUGAGUUCUUGCUGAAAGAGUUCAAGAUGGAUCAGGAACUUCAGACUUACAUCAUCACUCUCACCCUUUCACUCGACGGAAAGAUCAAUACCAGAGACGGGCUGGCUGUCAUCCAUCGCCAUCUCUCGUCGAUGGGUAUGUACGGCCCAGGCUUUGCUGCCCUCUACCCCAAGUGGGGCGGCCUGUCAGAGAUUGCCCAAGUCUCAUGCCGAGCCGGUGCGGUAGGCGGAGCUGUGUAUAUGCUCGGGACAGGCGUCAAGACGAUGAACGACAAGGACGACCCCAUCGUGAUUGAACUCUCCAGCGGCGAUACAAUCAAGACACGCAAGGUUGUCCGCGCCAACGAGAGCGCUACUGAUCGAUUCGGUAUCAACAGGCUGGUAGCUGUUGUUGGCUCCUCACUGAAAUCACUUUUCGAGUCAACGGUCGAAGGUGCACCAAAGCCGGCCGUCGCCAUUGUUGCUUUCCCAGCUGGCUCCUUGUCAACUGCUACUGGGGAAGCAUCAACAUCCCCGGUGUAUCUGUCUGUUCAUUCCAGCGAUACCGGGGAAUGUCCUGCCAACCAAAGUGUUCUUUACUUUACCACUGGCUCAGAGCAUGCCUCCCAGGACUUGCUUCAACAAGCAUUGGAUUCUUUUCCGGCUGCUUUGUCUGGUGAUACUGUCCCCCAGUGUCUUUAUAAACUGCAGUAUAAGCAAUUGCAAAGCUCGGCUCACAGUCAAGCAAACGGUUCGAUUUUCGAUUUUGCUCCUCCUGCCUCAGCCCUUGCUUUUGACGACUCAAUUUUGCAGUCGGUUCAAGAUGCUUGGAAGAUGGUCUUAGGUGAUGAAGCUGUCGAGGAAGAGUACCUUACCUUUGCUGACCGAGAAGGCGCAAUGGAUGAUGACGAAAGUGUAUGA